AUGCUCGACGUGCCCAAUGGGAAUGGUGCGACAAAUGGCAAGGGCAAGCAACGAGCGGCGGAUGUUGUACCGAGUACGGAGGGGCUGUUGCAUUCGGUGACGAGCGGGGGGAGUACGGAUGCGAGACGGAAACGGGAGGGGGAUCGAGGGGCGGAGGAAGAGAGCAGCUCCGAGUCUGAGGAAGACGAGGGUGAGGAGGCAGAAGAGGAGCUGGAAGAGGAUGGGUCGACACCUUCACCGGAAGAAAUGGAGGAAGAGCGACCGCCUCCAUCUCCACGGCUGGAGAAACGGAGACGAGAUGGCUUGCGCGAAGGUGUGGAGAACGAGGAGGAGCGGGCGGAAGAGCGGGAAGAGGAUGCGGAGGAAGAGGCAGACUCCGAGGAGGACGACGGCGAGGGAGACGAAGAUGACGACGAGCCGACACUCAAGUACGCUCGACUAGGUGGCUCGACGACGGACAUUCUGUCGAAGGACACGGCGAGCGCAAUAGCGGUCUGCAGCAAGUACACCAUCCUCGGCACGCACAACGGCGCUCUCUUCGUCCUGUCGCCUGAAGGGAAGCUCGUCAAGCGCUUCCGCCCUCACUCCGCCGUGAUCAAUGACCUUAGCAUCGACUCGACCUGCGAGUUCGUCGCAAGCGCUUCCAUGGAUGGUCGUGUCGCCAUCCAGUCGCUCACGACUUCCGAAGCGCACGUUUUCGACAUGCAACGACCGAUGCGCUGCGUCGCCCUCGAACCCUUCUUCGGCAAGCGCAAUACUCGCCAGUUCGUCUCGGGCGGAAUGGCCGGCAACCUCAUCUUGUCGGAGAAAGGCUGGCUGGGACAGAAGGACGUGACGCUUCACUCUGGCGAAGGGCCGAUCUGGGCUGUCGAAUGGCGCGGGACGUUCAUCGCCUGGGCGAGCGACGCGGGCGUGCGAAUCUUCGACACGGCGACGAGUCAGCGGAUCACUUUCAUCAGCCGUGCCGAGGAUAGCCCGCGCGCCGACCUCUUCAAGUGCAACCUGCGAUGGCGAGACGACCGCACCUUGCUCAUCGCCUGGGCGGACGUCAUCAAGGUCGCGGUCGUCAAGGAGCGUGAGUCGAAGCGCGCUGUGCCGGGCUUGCCAAGCGCGACGGAGCUGUACGUCGAGGUGUCGGCCAUCUUUCAGGUCGACUGCAUGAUCUCCGGCAUCGCUCCGUACGGCAAGAACGGCGACUUGCUCGUCCUCGCCUACACGACCGAAGAAGACGAUGACGAUGAGGCGGAGGACUUGAGCACACAACGCCGAAAAGCCGGCAGCCGACCCGAACUUCGCAUUAUCUCGCCUGACGGAGAGGAGCUCUCGUCCGACGCCAUCAGCCUGCGCAACUACGACCGCUUCCAAUGCCGGGACUACAGCUUGUGUCCCUCCGGCGACGGACAAAGCUUUCUUGUCGUCUCGCCGGAAGAUAUCGUCGUCGCCCAGACCCGAGACGAGUCCGACCACAUCGUCUGGCUGAUCGAGAUGCAGCGGUACGAGGAGGCGCUGCAUGCUUUGGAGAAGUCUGGACUCGGCACGGUGGGCGGCUUUGACGUGACGGACGUCGGCAAGAAGUAUCUCGAGUUCUUGGUCGAGGAGGGUGAGUAUGACAAGGCCGCCGCUUCUUGUCCGAAGAUCUUGGGCAUCAACGCGAAGCUGUGGGAGGACUGGGUCUUCCUCUUCGCCGAGAAAGGCCAUCUCGAGACGAUCAUCCCUUACGUCCCCACGCACGACCCUCAACUCAGCCGGCUCGUCUACGAGAUGAUCUUGGCGCACUACCUGCGGCAUGACGAACAGGCCCUCCUGCGAACGAUACACGCCUGGCCGCACGAGAUCUACGACGUCUCGGCCGUCAUCCUCGCCGUCAAGAACCAGCUCGACAGGACGCGGGCGUCCGAGUCGCAUGUGUUGAUGCAGGCGCUGACCGAGCUCUACAUCUUGAACCGACAACCCGGCAAAGCCCUUCCUUACUUCCUCAAGCUGCGCGACCCGCAUGUCUUCACCCUCAUCCGCGACAACAACCUCUUCACCGACAUCCAGGACCAGGCGCUCCAGCUCAUCGAGUUCGAUGAGGACCUGCGCAAGAACGCGAAGGCGCUCGAGUCCGAAUCGCGUCACGGCACAGCCAUUGAGCUGCUCGUCGAUCAUACCCAUUCCAUUCCGAUACCCCGCGUCAUCUCGCAACUGCAGGAUUCCCGCAAAUACCUCUACAUGUACCUCGAUGCCCUCUUCGACAAGGAUCCGCAUCUUGCAUUCGACUACUCUGAUCUACAGGUGGACCUCUACGCCGAGUACGACCAGAAGAAGCUCAUGGACUUCCUCCGCGCCAGCAACUACUACAGCCUCGAGCGCGCGUACAAGAUCUGCGACAGCCGCGACCUCGUGCCCGAGAUGGUCUUCCUCCUCGGCCGGAUGGGCGACAACAAGCGGGCGCUCAACCUCAUUAUCGAGCGGCUUGGCGAUGUCGAGCGGGCCAUCGAGUUCGCCAAGGAGCAGAAUGACAACGACCUCUGGGAAGACCUGCUCAAAUACUCGGAGAACAAGCCUCGCUUCAUUCGCGGCUUGCUCGAGAACGUUGGCGCCGAGAUUGACCCGAUCCGCCUCAUCCGCCGCAUCAAGAACGGCCUCGAGAUCCCGGGCCUGAAGCCUGCGCUCAUCAAGAUCCUGCAGGACUUUCAGCUUCAGAUCUCGCUCAUGGACGGCUGUCGAACGGUCCUGUACAGCGACUGUCGCGAUCUCGCACUUUCGCUGCAUCGAAGCCAGACAAGCGGCUUUUUAUGGACGGGCGACACGCCCGACCAAGCGACUGGCGAGCCCAUCUUUCCGCACCUCAGCGGCGCAUCCGUCCCUGCGUCUCUACCCUUCGGCGUCCGCUUCCUCUCCGGCCCAGCCUACCUCGGCACCUCCGCCUUCCCCUCUCUCGCCUCGGCCGACGCCACGCUCUCCUCCCUCUCUCCCAUCCAGCCUGUCACGAAGCGCGAUCAACUCGUCGCCGCAUCCUUGCUCGCUUCGCUCUCCGCGCCGGACGAGGAGGACGACGACUUCGACGUGCGACCUGUCGAGGACGCCCGGCGAGCGAUGGAGGACAAGAUUGCUGCGGUGAAUGAGUUGAAGGAGAAGCUCGUGCAGGAGCGGAGGAGGUCUGCUCGGGCGGCGGUUAGGGUGGAUGUGUGA